CUCGGGGGUGGGACCACAGACACGCCAUUUAAUAGCGCUCUCGGUCUCGCCCUCGCCGGCGGGUCAAGUGUCUGCCCUGCGAACCCGCUUCUCUCCAUCUUUGGCUGCCUCGAUCUGCGAAUCUCCACCGAUCAGCCAGCUCUUCCAACUGCAAAUCACAACCACCUGCCGAGCUCUCCAGAAGAACAAUGGGCCUGUGGGAGAUCACACCACGCCGAGUCAUCUUUUAUGUCCUCUGGACUGCGAUCCAUGUGGGUCUGUUCGUCUUUGGAUACAUCAAGCAAAAGGAUGACCCCGAGUUGUUCGUACUCGACUCGCUCGGCGCCUCAGUCUUCACCUCGCGUGGCGCCGGUCUGGUGCUGGCCUUUGACUGUGCGUUGCUCUUGCUGCCCAUGUGCCGCAACCUGAUCCGAUACGUCCGCGACUUCAAGCCCCUCAACUUCAUCAUCCCGUUCGACUACAAUGUCUAUCUGCACAAGUGCACGGCCUAUGCCAUGCUGUUCUUUACCCUGAUCCACACCAACGCCCACUACGUCAACUUUUACCGCGUCGAGAUGAUGCUUUUCGAUGCCCUCCAUCUCAGGAACUGGCAGGUCCACUACACCACCUGGGCCGGCACCACCGGACACAUCAUGCUGCUGUUCAUGUUCCUGAUCUACACCUCGGCCAAGAUCGAGGUCCGCCAUCGCAACUUUGAGGCCUUCUGGUUCACCCACCACCUGGCCAUUCCCUUCUACCUGCUCCUGUUCUACCACUCCUUUGGCUGCUUUGUGCACUCGACCGUCACCGGCCAGUGCAAGGGCUAUGGCUCCAACUUUUACACCGUCCCGGUCUUUUCGAUCUACAUCCUCGAGCGCAUCAUCCGCGAGCUGCGUGCCCGCCAGCAGACGACCCUGAGCAAGGUCAUCAUGCACCCCGGCAACACCAUGGAGAUCCAGUUCGAGAAGCCGUCGUUCCAGUACAAGUCGGGCCAGUACCUGUUCCUGAGCAUCCCCGAGGUCUCCAAGUACCAAUGGCAUCCCUUUACCAUCACCUCGACCCCCGAGGAGGGCUUUGUCUCGCUGCACAUCCGCCUCGUCGGCGACUGGACCAAGGCCUCGGCCAAGCUGCUGCAGAGCUACUCGGCCCAGGGCUCGAUCCUCAAGGUUGAUUCGCCGCGGCUCCCGACCAUCCGUGUCGACGGCCCCUACGGAGCUCCCGCCGAGGACUUUUACAACUACGAGACCGCCAUCCUGAUCGGCGCCGGUAUUGGCGUGACGCCCGCGGCCUCGCUGCUCAAGUCGGUGUGGUAUCGCCACUACCGCAAGGCGCAGAUGCCUCUCAAGAAGGUGUACUUUUUCUGGGUCAACCGCGACAAGGAGGCCUUUGAGUGGUUCCAGUCGCUGCUGUCGUCGCUCGAGGAGUCCGUGCCGACAUCGUUCCUGGAGAUCCAUGUGUACCUGACCGCCAAGCUCUCAUCCGACGAGAUUCAGAACAUUGUCCUGCACGACGCCGAUGGUGUCGAUCCCCUGACGGAGCUGCAGAGCCGCUGCCACUUUGGCCGCCCCGAGUGGAAUCGCAUCUUUGCUGGUGUUCGCCAGGCCGCGGCCAACUCGGUGCGGGAUCGCAAGCACGAGAUUGGCGUCUUUUACUGUGGCCCAUCGCCGCUGGCAUCGUCGCUGAAGCAGGCCUGCAACAACGCCACCGGCGGCAACAUCACCUUCACCUUCCGGAAGGAGCACUUUUAAGCAAACCAAAGGAAACCCACCCGAUGCCUGGAAGGAAAAUGCAAGAGAAGGCCGGCUAGUUGGCCUUUGCGGCUCCUCCACCUUUUUCUCCCCCCCCCGCAAGUUGGCAGCA